UCAAAGUGUGUCAAUACUCUUUUGCUUAAUAUUUCUUUUUUGAUUUUGGUGAAGGCUUCUUCGCACUGUGUAGUCCAUUGGAAGCUUGAUUCUUUCUUUAGUAAGUUGUUCAAGGGAUUCGUGAUGGAUGCGAGAUUGGGUAUGAAUUUAUUAAAGAAAUUUGCCAUACCGAGAAACGUUCUCAAUCCUGCAGUGUUUACUGGGCGUUCUGUUUUUAUUAGGCCAUCUUUAUCUAUAGUGUGCCCUAGGUAGUUUAUACUUGUUUUAAAAAGAUAGCACUUAUCCUUGUUUACUCUGAGGUUGCUUUCUUUCAGUUUAUCUAGCACAAGCUUAAGUAUUUGUAACAAUUUUUCCUUUGAAUCUCCUUGAAUAAUUAUAUCAUCGACAAAGCAUCUGACUCCUUCCAGCCCCUGCAAGAGUCUGUCCAUAAAUCCUUGCCACAAGCUCGGCGCGACUUUCACACUGAUGUCCUCGUCAGACAUCGACGCUAUAUAUUUUUCUCGCCUCGAUGUUACAUAUUUUUCUAUUCUAAUGAGUAACCCUCUUUGGGUACUCUGCUGUAUUUUUGCUCUUUUCAUCAUUAAUAUCGUGAUCGUGGGUUUCAAACUCGUCGCCAAUAUUAAAUAUACAUAAAGAAAUAAAAUACAUUGUUGUCUAUAUCUCCAUUAUUUUAUUAAUGACAUAAUGUUGACACAUUAUUGAAUAUAAUCUCACUGGCUUACCGGCCAGUAACUUAAUAAUGAAAGAGGCGAUACACCACAAAAGCUAACACAAUAAAUGGAUUAUACUAUCUUGAAUUUGAUAAACCGGAAGAGACAGCAAACUACACGCCUAGUGAUGAAAGCGAAAUUAUGAAAUGGCACAAGAGGUCACGUCAAUGAAAGAGACCUAAAAGAAAUGGUUAUAAAUAAGAUGAUGCGAGGGCUCGACUUUAAAGAAAAAGCUUUAGGUAUCUGUGAGACUUGUAUCAAAGGAAAAUUUUCCACUCUACAAUUCCAAAGAGUUGGGCAAAUAAUCUCUACCUACAGAUAAUUCACAGUGACGUGUGUGGCCCAUUUGAGCAUGACUCAAUGUCUGGAUCAAAGUAUUUUGUAAUAUUUAUUUUACAAGACGAUUUUACAAGAUACUGCUGAGUAUAUUUCUUAAAAGAAUAGAGCGAAGUAAUCGAUAAAUUCUAGGUAGAUAACAACUAUUUUGAACUGUUUCAUGAGAAGAAAAUUCAAAAUCUACUACUGAUAGGGUGGACUAGCGGCUAUAAAAAUUAUAUUUUCUCAUAUACAAGUAAACACAAUGUUUACAAGUUUUAUUUCCGUUUUAUUUAAUUGCUAUAGCUGCUAUUCCAUCAUAUCAUAUAUAAUCACUCUUUCAAAAUUGUUGCGCAUUUAGUUUUAUUAAAACUAACCAAAGCGUUACAGAGAUGGCAGUAAUCUGUAUUUUGUAGAUGAAGCCUUGAUUUUGUUACUCCAAGGAUAAAUUAUUCUUCUAUAGUGUUCCGUUUUAUUCGUCUCAAAUAGUCAAAUUUGUACUCUGUGCAAAUUACAUACUAUUGAUUGCUCAUUUGUACGAACUUCACGAGUCUAGCUUCGAUUAUCAUGGACGAACGACGAACUACUAAUCGUGAAUUAUUAAAUAUAAUUAAAUCUCAAAAAAUAUAUACUUACCCAAAAAUGUCAUAGUUAUUACUUUUGAAUGAACUGAAUAAAAGGUGUAGUGAAAUAUUAAGUUUCGUGUUUCAAUACAAACUGCAUAUUUAUAAAUAGUGUUAAAGGACGAAUCCUAUUGAUCUGUCAAUAAUUUUAUUUAAUAUUUUAUUUUGACUUCUAAUGGCCGAAGCCAUAAUUGUGUAGCAUAUAUAAGUGAUAUAAACAUGUUUCCCUUAACACCGCCCGUGGUAAAGCGCUUACUAGGAUGGAAAAAAGGUCCUGAAGGUACAUCAGCCGCUGAAGACAAAUGGUCUGAAAAGGCCGUGAAGAGUUUAGUAAAGAAAUUGAAGAAAACUGGAGCUAUCGAGGAGCUUGAGAAGGCGUUGUCGAAUCAAAGCGGUCAUACCAAAUGUGUAACAAUCCCAAGGGCAAAACCGAAUGAUAAUAUAUUGAAUGGACAAUAUCGCAAGGGCUUGCCGCAUGUGGUUUACUGCAGGCUGUGGCGCUGGCCGCAGCUACAGAGCCAGCAUGAAUUAAAACCGGUGGACCACUGUGAAUACGCUUAUCAAUCAAAGAAGGAUGAGGUCUGCAUAAACCCAUAUCAUUAUAACAAGAUUGAUUCGCCAGCUUUGCCGCCAAUUUUGGUGCCUCGUUGCCCUGAAAACGAGACCAGGGCUCCGCCUCCAUACACGGAUUAUCAGCCCAUACACGAGCACACAGACAACGUUAUGCAAAAUGGCGUUGUGGGCGCUCACAGCGCCUUGUAUCUCGAGGCAACGCUGGGCCAGCAAGUACCUGGAAAUACCACCGUACAUCUUUCGUCGACGGUUGAAACUCCACCCCCAGGAUAUAUGAGCGAAGAUGGCGACCCCAUGGACCAUAAUGAUAAUAUGAACUUAACUCGGCUGAGCCCCUCGCCAGGAACAUUAGGGCCAGAGACAGCUCCAGUACUGUACCACGAGCCGGCGUUCUGGUGCAGCAUCAGCUACUACGAGCUGAACACCAGGGUCGGGGAGACGUUCCACGCGUCGCAGCCCUCGAUCACGGUGGAUGGGUUCACCGAUCCCAGUAAUAGUGAACGUUUCUGCCUCGGUCUCCUCUCGAAUGUGAACAGAAAUGAGGUUGUGGAACAAACACGCAGACAUAUUGGGAAAGGCGUUCGACUCUACUAUAUAGGUGGUGAAGUGUUCGCGGAAUGCCUCAGCGAUUCAUCAAUAUUCGUCCAAAGUCCGAAUUGCAACCAGCGGUACGGCUGGCAUCCAGCCACCGUGUGCAAGAUACCACCAGGUUGCAAUUUGAAGAUAUUCAAUAAUCAAGAGUUUGCCGCGUUGCUCAGUCAGUCUGUCUCUCAGGGCUUCGAAGCGGUGUUUCAGUUGACGCGGAUGUGCACCAUACGGAUGAGUUUCGUCAAAGGAUGGGGCGCUGAGUAUAGACGCCAAACCGUAACAUCGACCCCGUGCUGGAUCGAGCUGCACCUGAACGGACCCCUGCAAUGGCUGGACAGAGUUCUGACGCAGAUGGGCUCACCGCCCUUGCCGUGCUCCUCCAUGUCUUGAACAGGUCUAUACAACUGGCAACGCUCAGCUAAGUGUAGCUCAACAAUUACCUCCAAAAUGAGUCUUAUUAUGAUACAGGGUGUGAUCUAAGCAUAUCGGACGUCUAGAAUGUCAAAUGUCGCAAAUGUCAAAUGGCAAAUGACAUGUCGAAUGUCAGAUGUCAAAUAGUGAACAUCUAUACUAGUCAGUUAAAUCAACUCCUGAGCGUGUUCUAGAACGACUCUCGAUCUUAAGUCUGCUUUCUAGAGUGGCCAAGUCAUUUGAAGUUUGACAGAUUGUUGAAGCGGAGAUCCCCAAUGAAGUCGUGAGUUGAUGCAAGUGCGUCAACGCCUCUGUAUCGGAAUCGGUUAAAAAUUACGAUUUUUUUACUAAAAUAUUUCUAGACGACGGAGAAUGCUUGGGUACACCCUGUAUACGGGUUGUUUGUGAGUAUGUCACUGUCAUGUUUUGACAGGCCGAUUCAAAUAGUCAAAUACGAAAAAUCACAAAAUUAUGUCACUGACUGUUUGUCUAUGUUGUUAUAAAUGGGCUGUUUAAUAGCCCAUACAGAUCAAACAUAGCACUGAGCUGGUAGUGACAUUGUCAUUGGCACACGGCCCCCAAGCGAGUCUUAAUAUUAUUUCCCAAUGACAUUGGAAUUGUCAAUUUGACAUAAAUAUAUUCACAAACAUAUACAUAGUAUUUAGAUUGAUGUAAAUUCGCAUAGUAUAUUAUCAUUGCAUGUGCAUUCAUGUUAAUUGUUUACUGUUUAUGUCAAAACCGUCAUUUGUUUUAGCGUCAACUGUUUGACAUUGAUUUGACAUUAUGGCAGGGAGUGGCCAAAACUA